GCCUCUGGAGGGCUUAUAUGCACAUGUGGGCGGAAAGGACUGUUCUUUGGCUAGUCCUGCAGCUGGAGACGGGGUGGCUUCAGGUGGGGGUUGGAGGGAGCACUCUGUCUAUUGAAAAGAUUCAGGAGGAUUUUACCAGGAGUGAAAGGUUUGAGUUAUAGGGAGUCACUGGAUAGAAUAAGAGAAUAAUAAUAGAAGGUAAACAGGAGGAUAGAGCAGGGAAACUGGCCCUUCAGCCCACAGACUCCGCACUGAUCAUCACCCAUUCACUCAUACUAAUCUCAGAUCUCAGAUCACUCACCACACAUUUCCGUCAACUCCCCAGACUCCCACCCUUAUUGACACACUCGGGGAAUUAACGCCAGACGAUUAACUCAAUUAGCUGAGAUAUGAGAGAGAAUUGGUGCAUCCGGGGGGGAAAUUCAUGCAGAUCAGAGGGAGUGGGAAGACCAGAUAAGCUGGAGUGAACGGACCAGGAUCUGAAAGAGGUUCAUAAAAUCACAAGGGGCACAGAUAACGUGGACAUCACAACAUAUAUGUGGGAAGGGACUGCAGAUGUUGAUUUAAACCGAAGAUGGACACAAAAAGUUGUGUAACUCAGCGGAUCAGACAGCCUCUCUAGAGAACAGGAAAUGGUUUCGGUACGUGAACCGGCUUCCGACUGAAAAAGGUCUCGACCUUAAAAAUCACCUGUUCCUUCUCACCAGAGAUGCUGUCUGCCCGCUGAGUUACUCUGGCUUUUGGUGUCAAUCACAAUAUAUGUCCCUGGGCAUGAGAGUGGGACGACAUAGAGGGCACAGGUUGAAGGUGAAAAUGCAAAGAUUUAAUAGGAACCUGAGACGUAACACACAGAGGGUAAUGGGUGCAUGGACAGAGCUGCCAGAGGAAGUGAUUGAGGCAGGUGCAGUAAAAGCAACAUUUAAAAGACAUCUGGACAGAUAAAUGAACAAGAAAGCUUUGGCCAGCAGGGUAGCAGCGACCUGCUGGCUACCCUGCUGAAAAUCACAUGCAAUCCUGCUGCAGAUUUAACUUUAUCCCCCCUCUGUUGCAGGACCGGUGCCCGUCCGUCUGGUGAAUGGGAACAACAUGUGCUCCGGGAGAGUGGAGGUCUAUCAUAACUCCACCUGGAGCACCGUCUGCGGCACGAGCUGGGAUAUCAAUGCAGGGAAUGUGGUCUGCAGGGUGUUGAACUGUGGGACGGCCCGGUCAGUAACAACAGCUGCUUCCUACGGAGAGGCCACUGGGAACAUCUGGCUAGAUGGGGUGAAGUGUAACGGGACAGAGCGUGCCCUCGACCAGUGUCCUGCCAGCCCAUGGGGGGUGAAUAACUGCACACGCGGAGAGUACGCUGGAGUCUCCUGCUCAGGGCCGGUGCCUGUCCGUCUGGUGAAUGGGAACAACAUGUGCUCCGGGAGAGUGGAGGUCUAUCAUAACUCCACCUGGGGCAUCGUCUGCGGCAGGAGCUGGGAUAUCAAUGCGGGGAACGUGGUCUGCAGGGUGUUGAACUGUGGGCCGGCCCGGUCAGUAACAACAGCUGUGUCCUACGGAGAGGCCACUGGGAACAUCUGGCUGGAUGGGGUGAAGUGUAAUGGGACAGAGCCUGCCCUCGACCAGUGUCCUGCCAGCCCAUGGGGUGUGAAUAACUGCACACGCGGAGAGUACGCUGUAGUCUCCUGCUCAGAUCUGCUGCCCGUCCGUCUGGUGAAUGGGAACAACAUGUGCUCCGGGAGAGUGGAGGUCUAUCAUAACUCCACCUGGGGCACCGUCUGCAACAGGAGCUGGGAUAUCAAUGCGGGGAAUGUGAUCUGCAGGGUGUUGAACUGUGGGACGGCCCGGUCAGUACCAACAGCUGUCUCCUACGGAGAGGCCACUGGGAACAUCUGGCUGGAUGAAGUGACGUGUAACGGGACAGAGCCUGCCCUUGACCAGUGUCCUGCCAGCCCAUGGGGGGUGAAUAACUGCACACACGGAGAGUACGCUGAAGUCUACUGCUCAGGUCCGGUGCCCGUCCGUCUGGUGAAUGGGAACAACAUGUGCUCCGGGAGAGUGGAGGUCUAUCAUAACUCUACCUGGGGCACCGUCUGCGGCAGGAGCUGGGAUAUCAAUGCGGGGAACGUGGUCUGCAGGGUGUUGAACUGUGGGCCGGCCCGGUUAGUAACAACUGCUGUAUCUAACGGAGAGGCCACUGGGAACAUCUGGCUGGAUGGGGUGAAGUGUAACGGGACAGAGCCUGCCCUCGACCAGUGUCCUGCCAGCCCAUGGAGGGUGAAUAAUUGCACACACGGAGAGUACGCUGAAGUCUCCUGCUCAGGUCCGGUGCCCGUCCGUCUGGUGAAUGGGAACAACAUGUGCUCCGGGAGAGUGGAGGUCUAUCAUAACUCCACCUGGGGCACCCUCUGCAGCAGGAGCUUUGAUAUCAAUGCGGGAAACGUGGUCUGCAGGGUGUUAAACUGUGGGACGGCCCGGUUAGUAACAACUGGUGCAUUCUACGGAGAGUCUACUGGGAACAUCUGGCUGAAUGGGUUGAAGUGUAACGGUUCAGAGCCUGCCCUCGACCAGUGUUAUGCCAGCCCAUGGGGGGUGAAUAACUGCAACCACAGUGAGGAGGCUGGAGUCUCCUGUUCAGGACCGGUGCCCGUCCGUCUGGUGAAUGGGAACAACAUGUGCUCCGGGAGAGUGGAGGUCUAUCAUAACUCUACCUGGAGCACCGUCUGCGGCAAGAGCUGGGAUAUCAAAGCGGGGAACGUGGUCUGCAGGGUGUUGAACUGUGGGCCAGCCCGGUUAGUAACAACUGCUGUCUCCAACGGAGUGGUCACUGGGAACAUCUGGCUAGAGGGGGUGAAGUGUAACGGGACAGAGCCUGCCCUCGACCAGUGUCCUGCCAGCCCAUGGAAGGUGAAUAAUUGCACACACGGAGAGUACGCUGAAGUCUCCUGCUCAGGGCCGGUGCCCGUCCGUCUGGUGAAUGGGAACAACAUGUGCUCCGGGAGAGUGGAGGUCUAUCAUAACUCCACCUGGGGCACCGUCUGCGGCAGGAGCUGGGAUAUCCAUGCGGGGAACGUGGUCUGCAGGGUGUUGAACUGUGGGACGGCCCGGUCAGUACCAACAGGUGCAUUCUACGGAGAGGCCACUGGGAACAUCUGGCUGGAUGGAGUGAAUUGUAACGGGACAGAGCCUGCCCUCGACCAGUGUCCUGCCAGCCCAUGGAGGGUGAAUAACUGCACACACGGAGAGUACGCUGGUGUCUCCUGCUCAGGUCCGGUGCCCGUCCGUCUGGUGAAUGGGAACAACAUGUGCUCCGGGAGAGUGGAGGUCUAUCAUAACUCUACCUGGGGCACCGUCUGCGGCAGGAGCUGGGAUAUCAAUGCGGGGAACGUGGUCUGCAGGGUGUUGAACUGUGGGAUGGCCCGGUUAGUAACAACUGCUGUAUCUAGCGGAGAGGCCACUGGGAACAUCUGGCUGGAUGGGGUGAAGUGUAACGGGACAGAGCCUGCCCUCGACCAGUGUACUGCCAGCCCAUGGGGGGUGAACAAUUGCACACACGGAGAGUACGCGGAAGUCUCUUGCUCAGGUCCGGUGCCCGUCCGUCUGGUGAAUGGGAACAACAUGUGCUCCGGGAGAGUGGAGGUCUAUCAUAACUCCACCUGGGGCACCGUCUGCAGCAGGAGCUUUGAUAUCAAUGCGGGAAACGUGGUCUGCAGGGUGUUAAACUGUGGGACGGCCCGGUUAGUAACAACUGGUGCAUUCUACGGAGAGUCUACUGGGAACAUCUGGCUGAAUGGGUUGAAGUGUAACGGUUCAGAGCCUGCCCUCGACCAGUGUUAUGCCAGCCCAUGGGGGGUGAAUAAUUGCAACCACAGUGAGGAGGCUGGAGUCUCCUGUUCAGGACCGGUGCCCGUCCGUCUGGUGAAUGGGAACAACAUGUGCUCCGGGAGAGUGGAUGUCUAUCAUAACUCCACCUGGAGCACCGUCUGCGGCAAGAGCUGGGAUAUCAAAGCGGGGAACGUGGUCUGCAGGGUGUUGAAUUGUGGGACGGCCCGGUUAGUAACAACUGCUGUCUCCAACGGAGUGGCCACUGGGAACAUCUGGCUAGAGGGGGUGAAGUGUAACGGGACAGAGCGUGCCCUCGACCAGUGUCCUGCCAGCCCUUGGAAGGUGAAUAAUUGCACACACGGAGAGUUCGCUGAAGUCUCCUGCUCAGGUCCGGUGCCCGUCCGUCUGGUGAAUGGGAACAACAUGUGCUCCGGGAGAGUGGAGGUCUAUCAUAACUCCACCUGGGGCACCGUCUGCGGCAGGAGCUGGGAUAUCAAUGCGGGGAACGUGGUCUGCAGGGUGUUGAAAUGUGGGACGGCCCGGUCAGUAACAACAGCUGUCUCCUACGGAGAGGCCACUGGGAACAUCUGGCUGGAUGGGGUGACGUGUAACGGGACAGAGCCUGCCCUCGACCAGUGUCCUGCCGGGCCAUGGGGGGUGAAUAACUGCACACACGGAGAGUACGCUGGAGUCUCCUGCUCAGGUCCGGUGCCCGUCCGUCUGGUGAAUGGGAACAACAUGUGCUCUGGGAGAGUGGAGGUCUAUCAUAACUCCACCUGGGGCACCGUCUGCGGCAGGAGCUGGGAUAUCAAUGCAGGGAACGUGGUCUGCAGGGUGUUGAACUGUGGGACGGCUCAGACAGUACCAACUGGUGCAUUCUACGGAGAGACCACUGGGAACAUCUGGCUGGAUGGGGUGAAGUGUAAUGGGACAGAACCUGCCCUCGACCAGUGUCCUGCCAGCCCAUGGGGUGUGAAUGACUGCAUCCACAGUGAGGACGCUGGAGUCUCCUGCUCAGGUCCAGUGCCCGUCCGUCUGGUGAAUGGGACCAACAUGUGCUCCGGGAGAGUGGAGGUCUAUCAUAACUCCACCUGGGUCACCGUCUGCGGCAAGAGCUGGGAUAUCAAUGCGGGGAACGUGGUCUGCAGAGUGUUGAACUGUGGGACGGCCCGGUUAGUAACAAAAGCUGUCUCCAACGGAGAGGCCACUGGGAACAUCUGGCUGGGUGAAGUGAUGUGUAACGGGACAGAGCCUGCCCUCGACCAGUGUCCUGCCAGACCAUGGAUAGUGAAUAACUGCAUACACGGAGAGUACGCUGGAGUCUCCUGCUCAGGACGCAUCAAGAACUUGGCUCAGAAACGCUGCUUCACGGACACAGACCUGCAGAAAACACGGGUCGCUGGAAUGAUCGAGUUCACCCUGGUUGGCAGUGAGCUCUAUCCAUCCGAUCCAGAGGUCACCGAGGCAUUGGAGCAACUGAUUAAUUCCCUGCUGUCAUCCAUCCCAGGAAACCGUGUCCUUGACAGCCAAGUGAACCCAGAGAGGAGGCGGAAGAGAGGCGCCUGAGCUGAGGUCACACCCCGUGGCGUUGAAUGUGCAGGAUGUCCCCACCACAACUGAGUUGGAGUCCCACAGGGAACCCCAGCCACUGCCCCUCCACACCAGUGGUGUGUCACUGCAACAGCUUCACGCACCCACACACUAGUGCCUGCAUCCAACUCCUCGCUCUGCCUUUUCGCCUCCUGCUCUGUAACUCGUGAAGGCCACAACGACUUCCACAGAACUGUACAGAACACGUACACACCCUUUGGCCCAUUGUAUCUCUGGCAAUUUGAAGUCACAUUUGCCUACACUUGAUCUGUAUCCAUAUACAUCCAUCCUCUGUCUGUUUGUGUAUGAGUGCCUCAUAUUUGUAUCAGCCACUGUGACAGCUUACAUGUUACACGAUGUGAGGCUUCCAGGACUGUUGUUCCUGAUAGGACAAGGGGCUGCAAAAGCUGUGUCUGUGAUGUACACACAGGUGUGAGUGGCCACAGGCAAUUUAACCGAUAUGGCUUUCAUCCUGGAUGGCUGUAUACAAAGGGCAUCAAUCAUCCAACAUAUAGAUAAUGAAGCUUGGUUUUCAGCAGUAUAUUCUGUGUCUGUUCUGUCAGAGUGUAGACACAAAAUGCUGGAGUAAGUCAGCGGGUCAGACAUCAUCUCUUUAGAAGACGUUUCGGGUCAAGACUCUUCUUCAGACUGAGAUUGAGGGGAAAGGGAAAUGAGAGAUGUAAUCUAUGAUAAGGUCAAAAAUAUUAUACACCUUGGCCGGAGACCCCCUAGAUUUUGAGGCCCUAGGCAUCAGCCUAUCAAGCCUAUAGGUAAAUCUGGCACUAGUUGUAGACGGUGAUGUAGAGAGAUACAGAACAAAUGAAUGAAAGCUAUGCAAAAAAAAGGAACGAUGAUAACGGAAACAAGCCAUUGUUAGCUGUUUGAUAGAUGAGAAUGAGUACAGACUCAACAAGAUAACUUUGAAUUCUACAUUUGUUCCAUAUCUCACGACAUCACCAUCUAUAUCUCUUGGUUUCCUUUCCCCUGACUCAGUCUAAAGAAUGGUCUCGACCCGAAACAUCACUUAAUCCUUUUCUCCAGAGAUGCUGCCUUCCUGCUGAGUUACUCCAGCUUAUAGUGUCUAUCUUCAGUUUAAACCAGCAUCUGCAGUUCCUUCCUGCACGUUGUAAGAGUGUUAGUCCAGUGUCUUUAGUCCUUUAGUUACAUUUCCAUAGUUUCUAUGUUUUGCUAGCUAUGAUAUGUUCAGUUUUUAAUUAAGAUUUGCAGAUAUUUUAAUGCAUUGGUCUGAUGCCGUAUAACAUUGUGGAUGAAUAAAAAGUUUAAAAACGCUAA